AUGGAACUCAUUGGUCAUUACGAUUCCAUUCUACAGGAUCAUCUCGAAAAAGUAAAAUCUUCUCAACAGAGCCAUAAGCGAAUGCAAGCACAUUAUUUGUCAAAUGAUAUCCAGAAUGAGUUUAUUCAGUGCUGUGCAGAUAAAGUCACAGAUGUGAUAUUAGAUGAGAGGGAGAAAUGCAAAUAUUUUUCAAUGAUUGUGGAUGCAACGCCUGAUACAGCUCAUAUUGAGCAAAAUGUUUUUAUUUUAAGAUACGUCUUACAGGACAAAUUGACAGGAAAAUAUGAGGUAAAAGAGAGAUUUCUGGAAUUUGUAGAUUGCAAUAAAAAAACUGGUGAAGAUAUUGCAAAUAUAAUUACUUCUACUCUUCAGAAACAUAAAAUACCACUGAUGUGCUGUCGUGGAUAA